CUGCCCAAAGUUGUCACAGAUCCACGAUCUCAGUCUCAGACACACACCUCCACACCCAGCGGCCCAACACCCGAUCAGCACGAUGCUGGGCUUUACAAUCCUCUCUGUGCUUUGGCUCGCCGGACUCGCUCUUGAGGGGCAGGCUGAUCCUGCAAAACACGGCUGGAUUUUCGACAGUAUGAUGAAUGAACUGGAUUGCUACCACGUCUUGGAUCAAUUCAACGAAAGCGCUGAUGCAAAUCAAGUCAUCGAGACGAAGUAUGAAGAGCCCAAAGAAAUGCUCUACAAAGGCUGCAGCAUCAUACUCAGCCAACUCGAUAUCGAGCCCUGGUACACGUACAUUAGCUUGAAGCAGAUCUUGCCCAGCCUAGCGAAAUAUCUUUACUACCAACCGAAUAUCAAAAAUGACUGGGAGGCGACAUUCAACAUCUCGGAAAACCAGUCGAAUAGCGAAUCAAAAAUAGCAUACGUCAAGAUCCUGAAGUAUUCCACCGAUGACCAAAACGGGGCCAAUACAUCUGCCAAUUCUGUCGACCCCGACGCAACUUGUUUCAACAUGACAGAAUUUCCACCACUCGUCCAGGCAGACUGUCAGGCAUCGUUUGAUUUAUGGACUACUGGAACCAAAGCCUUCUUUCCGAAUCACGAAAACAUGACAUGGGAGUCUGGUUUUCUUAGCUUUUCCAACGACAGCUCCACUUGCCAGUUUGUGAUGUAUAACAAUGACGAUUAUACUGCAUACCUGAGCCUGACCGACGUUGCCGACCAAGUCCAGCAUCAAAUCAUUGACCCUUGCGUCUCUAACGGUUGGUAUGGAGGUUGGCAAAAGAAUAAUACGGGGCUGUAUCUGGACUUCAAGAACAGGGGCGUACUGGCAUGGUUCCUACCCAAAGAGUUCUUUCCCGCUGUUAGAUGGACCUUUCCUGAAUGGUUAAAAGACCCGGCGGAUCCGUGGGAUUACCCGCCAUAUCUCGUGUUUAACAAGAGCAAGAGCCAAGUGUUCAACAAGAGCGAGAGCCAAGUGUUCAACAAGAGCGAGAGCCAAGUGUUCAACCAGAAUGAGAGCCAAGCAUUCUCUGAUUGAUGUCAUGGCGGGUACUGAAAGGCAGGCAGUGUGGGCAAUGAGCUGAUCUGAGCUGAGCAGGCCCUUGACUUGAUUUGGGUCAGGCCGGCCACAUCAAACUUAACUUGAAGGUAUUAUAACUUAACUUGGCUUAGGAAGAUUAUUAAAUCUACCGGCAGUGGUUUUUCCGGGCCGGGUGGGCCGGAGCACUAGUUCCGCGAAGGGCACCGGUGGGUAGGUUCAGAGGGUGCCCUGCCGGCCACCUCACUACUAUACCGGGUAUCACCACUUUUUGUGGGGCUAGAGAGAUCACUGAUCUUCUGAGCUGAGAUAAUAGGAAGAUUUGACUUGGCUCAGGCCAAUAUAGGGAUGACUUGACUUGGCUCAGCUCAGCUCAACUGAGCCAAGUCAAGUCUGGCUCAGCUCAUUGCCCACACUGAAGGUAGGCUUGGACGGGUUUAACAUAGCUCAAAUAGUGGUUAGUAGGCUGAGCUUUCGUCUCACCAAAGGAACUUUUUGG